AUGACCACCAUUAAUAUCCCGCCGUCUUCUCCUUUCUCGCGAAGAGUAUCGUUCAACAACCUAGACCCUGAAUCUAUCGACCCUGCCUUCACUAAAGUUGCAUCUUCAAGUGAGCAAAUUACGUUUAAAAACCCGACUUUCGGCUACGGAACCUCGCUCGUGAAUGAUAUCUCCAAGGCCUACAAUUCAGCUUCUACAUUCGUACCUACCCGCCGCCGCUCGAAAUUACCUGAUGCUCCAUCGAAGUCGAUUUUGAAGAAUAAACUCUCCCAGCAGCAAUUGCAAUAUAACAUUGAAAAUGCUACCUCUUUGGGGAUAUCCUACCAUGGAGAUCUCAACGAUUUGGCAGACCACCCACCAGACCAUGUCCCCAAAUCGGAAGUGGCCUAUGUGGAGGGGUCUGCUAUUGACGACGACGACUAUGACGAUGAAGACAACGAGGAAGAUCCAGUAAACGCCCCUCCUCCUCGCAGAAAACUGUACUCCGGAAUGACAGACGAAGAAUUGAUGGCAUUGGAUCCUCAGUUCACAACAACAAAACCAAAAGUGUCCCUGGUGGACCAAUUCAAGUUUGACCUGCAAACCACAUAUUACCUUCCAGCAAAACGUACCUCCGUACUGGGACCGUCGGCCACCUCGUCUACUCCAAGGCUGGUGUACCCAUCCUCCAAUGAGAACAACUACAAAUCCAUCUCAUUGACUCUGAAACAUACCCAUUACGAGCUGGUUGAGUCAAAGCGUACUCUUUUGACUAUUAUCUCUGGACGAAAGCAUUCGUGGAAUUCCCUUGAUUGGCUCGUCAUGCCAAUUCCUGGAACGGAUAUACCAACAUUUUUACAAAAUGGUGACUAUUUGGUCGUCACAGCGCUUCUUCCCACAAAAACUACUGUAUCUGGUGAAAAACGUCGGGGUAGUACUCUGGCGGAAGAAUUAACAUACUACAAAAAAUGUGAAAACAUACUAAACUAUAUCAUAAGGAUACUUCCAAGGCAAGAGUUGAAACUCAAAAUUACUGUGGAAUUUGUUUUAGAGCCUCCUCCGAUGAACGCAAUGGCCACCAAGAGUCAGCUUCGAGGCAUGAAGCUACUUCUUACUAAAAUCUACAACCAAUAUCAUCCCACUAUGGUGGUGGUAGGGAACCGGUCUACUAAUCUCAACUUCAAGUAUCCUCUUCGAGUCAGAAAAACCUCAUCUGCAAUACCCACUUCACCACCCCCAAACCGGCCAUUUGGAGGGCCCAAGAUCAAUGACCGUUACUUAAUCAAACUCAGCUCCUACCUUGUCAAAUACUCGACGGUGCCUGUUAUUCUAGUUGGAAACAAGUGUAGCUUUCUAUGGUCUACCAGGCAAGCGAGGAGGAAGGGAAGUGCAAUUUCACAAAACUCUUCAGAUGACGACGACUCGCUUGAAUCUGACAUCAAGUCGUUUUCAGGGAAGACCGAACUGGAAACGACUUUAUUUAACACGGUUACCAGCAUCCGGGAGUCAGACUCGGAAACCAGGUUUAAAGAACUUGCCAUUCUUAUUUCAGACCGGUCUCUUGAAGACUCUAGAAAUUAUCUCGAGUCAUUAAAGACGAGAGAUCUGGAAGGUAAUUCGAUCAAAUUUGACGAGUCAGUGGAAUUCAAUAGCAAGAUCCACUCGAUUUACAAGUCGCAAUCGAACAGCCUGUUGGCACGUACAAAUGGGGAGGGCGCCUACAAAGUAAAAUCAUUGAUAUCGUACGACCCGGUGGAAGAGAAGAAAAAUGAAGAGAUACGAAACUCAAAAAAGUUGGAAAAGAUAAAGUCUUCCACGUCUUCAAAGGUUAGUGCGGUGAGUUCCCGCGAGUCCUCCAGCUCCAGCCAAAAGGUCAAGCCUAAGAAAUCUUUCUGGAAAAAGAUUGGUAUUAAGAAACUGUGA